AUGAGUCCUGUGGGAAAACCAACCAUGUUCUAUAUCCAACACUAUCAGAAACUUUCUGUAUUUUGGUCUAACUGGUUGGAAAAUUAUAUGAGGCAGACUUCCGGUUGGGUGUUUAAUGGUGACGGAUAACGCAUACAACUCUGGGUUGCUCUGGAUACUUGAAUUGUUAUUAUUCCUCCCUUCACCGCUGCCACCAUUAGAUACUGUUUCUGUUCAGCCUUGGUAAUUACCUUGCCCUCCCUUCUGGCGAUCAGAAGAUGAAAGAACUGAAGGUGGACUGGGAUGUGACACGAUAUGAAGUUGGUGAGGUGGAGGGGAUUCCUCUCACAAAGGAAAUCUGUGACACAUGGGAUAAAAUCUGGGCGUUCCAAGCCAAGCCCGAUGACCUGCUCAUAGCAACCUAUGCAAAAGCAGGUACAACAUGGACACAGGAGAUUGUAGACAUGAUCCAAUGCGAUGGUGACAUUGAGAAAUGUAAACGUGCUUCCACUUAUGAGCGUCAACCUUUUAUUGAAUGGGUAAUACACAAGACUUUGCCCACUGGCCUGGAAGGAGCUGAAGCAAUGCCCUCACCAAGAACACUGAAAACUCAUCUUCCUGUACAAUUGGUGCCUCCAUCAUUUUGGGAGCAAAACUGUAAGAUCAUCUACGUGGCAAGAAAUGCUAAAGACAAUCUAGUAUCUUAUUAUCACUUCCACAGAAUGAAUCUAAUGUUGCCUGAGCCAGGAACAUGGGAGGAAUUUUUUGAGAAAUACACAACUGGAAAAGUGCUCUGGGGCUCCUGGUACGAUCAUGUAAAAGGUUGGUGGGAGGCUAAAAAUAAAUACCGUAUUCUUUACCUCUUCUAUGAAGAUAUAAAAGAGAAUCCAAGGCGUGAAAUUCAGAAGAUACUGACGUUCCUGGAGAAGAACUUGGAAAAGGAGGUUCUAGAUAAGAUCAUCUAUUGCACACAAUUUGAAGUCAUGAAAGAUAAUCCCAUGGCAAACUACACCUUUUUGCCUCGGGAGAUAAUGGACCAUUCAGUCUCCCCGUUCAUGAGAAAAGGAGCUGUUGGAGACUGGAAAAACCAUUUUACUGUGGCACAAAAUGAGAAAUUUGAUGCAGAGUAUAAGAAGAACAUGGCAGGAACAUCUCUGACUUUCCGCAUGGAACUUUAAGCAGGAAGAAACUCUAUUGGCUGACUAAUAGUUUCCAUUAUUGAAACUGCAGUCUUAUAGAAUACAUACUUACCUGGGAGUAAGUCCCAUUAAAUUUGAUGGGGUUUAGUUCUGAGAAGACAUGUAUAGGAUUGCACAGUAAACGUCUUAAUCCACAGUAGAAUCCCACUUUCUCAUACUAAUACUUUUAUACUUGUUUGUCAUGAUGAUCUUCUUUGGUAUAAGGUAUACUAUAACAAUCUCAAGCUUAUUUGUAUUUAAUGCAGCACACAUUAACUAUGAAGAAAGCCACACCGCUCAGAAAUAAAACAUGAUAGCUUUCUAGAAGAAUACUUCCCUUCUCUAUUUUAUGUAAAUUUGCAUCCUAAUGAACUUCAAUUCCCAGUCUCUCUCAAAUAUCAUUUGAGGUGAGAUUCUGUCAUUUAGAUAUGUCAAAUGUUUUUCAAUGACAACUUGUCCUUUACUAUUAUGGGUUUUGAGGAUAGACUAAUUGUAUGAAUAUAACUCACAGACUUUGUAACUAAUGUUUAUAUUGUUUGCUGUUAUAAU